UUUAGAGUUUCUAUGAGAUGAAAAAACAUUGUUGUAAACAAACAGAAUUGAAACUAUGUUUCCAAAACGUAGUUAGUUGGAACUCAAAGUUUUUCGUUUAUUUCAUCUCUGCAAUUUGUUAUUAAAUAAGUCCCACGAUGAGCCCCCGCCUUCAAGUACCCACCCUGCAGGAGUGCAGCCUCCGCUAUGCUCUCACGGUGAUCCGUGAGGGCACGUUCAUGUGCAAAGGGGCCUCGAUGAUAAAAGACGAGAGACAGUACCUGAUACGUGUACUGCACAGCGGCAUCAGACAACAGCUCAUCAAUCUUGCCUUCCACGAGUGCAGACGUGACUCGAAUCUGAUGAUAGAGAUCGUAUAUCUACUGUUGGAUGGCUCUAUACGUUGCAUUGCUCCCACUCCGGAAAUGGAACAUCUGAGCACAAGUCAGUGCAUGCGACUGUUCUGCAUCAUGCAUCAGGCCGAUGCUACUGGGCUCACUGAACUCAAGAUCACAGUAAACCCGCGCAUGAAAGUGGCCGUAGAGCACACAGGCAUGGCGCCGCUGAACAGCCUGAUGUCACGUGGUCUGGCCAGGAACCUGCACACACUUGUGCUGCGCAACACGUGUGACAACGCCAUGUUGGCACAACUGGGCCGACACGCCACGUGUCUCAGCAAGCUCGACAUCGCCGAUAACUGGCUCAUCAACGAGCAGGGCAUUUGUCAGCUGCUUUUCAAGGACUCGAGCAGCAUCCAUCUGCCAGCUGAUCUGGAUGACUGUGACUGGAUGCUGACCGACCUCAACCGAAUGCCCCAAGAUAACCUGACCCGGUGCUGUGAAACCCUGCAGGAGAUAAGGAUACAGGACACCAAUACGUCGGGCAUCAGUGUCCUUAUGUUGCUUAUGUUUGUCAAGCAUUUGGAGUCGUUGGGAGGAUUCCUUUACUAUCGCAACCUAGGCGACUGCAUCUUGGCGGUGAAACCGUUUCGGAGCCGACUGGCCAUUACUAAGCUGUGGGACAUGCAUCUGCCCUGGGAGAAGAUGGUGGCAAUUGGCGAGGUGAUAGGUCACGGCCUCCACACGCUGUACACGCGUGUGUCACAGAUCACAGCCAAGCAACUGCCCUUCACAGCCCUGCGUGACUUGACCAUCGAUUUCGACUAUUUUGUCUACGAGCAGGCGUUUGUCGACUUCCUUGCCACAAAUGGGGCACAGUUGACGAGGCUUGUUCUACUUGAUCAGGGCUACAACAUGGACAUAACAGUGAUCGCCAACUACUGUCCACAGCUAGUGGAACUGGCCGCCAGUACUUGCCUCGACAAUCACUUUCCUCACAGCGAGUUGGCGCACCUCAAAGUGGCUCGUCUCAAAAUCAACACAGCCCAAGUCUUCACAUGGAUCAUGGUCAACUGUCCCAUCAUCAAGAAACUGGCGGUGCGCAUAGAGCAAAGACGAGAUGUAUGAGAUGCACCGAGAAAGCGAGUAUUGGCUGAACAAUCGUGUGAUCUUCGACCUGGCAGAGAUGGGUGUGCCCUCCCUUGACACAAUCGAACAUCUCAGCAUUGUCUACCUCAGUAGUCCUAGAGAAAGAUGCGACAGCAACGCCAUCUGGACCCUGGUGCGCGCAUGCGCGCAACUGCGAACAAUCGAGGAUGUGGCAACGUGGCAAAUGGCGACACCAACCAACAUCGAGGAGCAG